ACCAAAUGAAGUUUCUUUUUAGAUAUUUUCACUCGCGCGUGCGACCAUCUCAGUUUCUUAUGAGAACUUAACCUAAACGAUUCUCUCUUCCACGCGUUUUCUCAGAGGAGUGUCUAACAAGAUCAAUGGGGAAGGAAGUUGAUAAUAAGUUCACUUGGGUGAUUAGGAACUUCUCUCUUCAAUCCAAGAAAAUUUACUCUGACGAGUUCGUUGUUUGUGGCUGCAAAUGGCGUCUUCUUGCUUUUCCUAAAGGAAAUGGUGUUGAGUAUUUGUCUCUGUAUCUGGAAGUUUCUGGUAGGAAAUCAUUGCCUGAUGGAUGGAGAAGACGAGUGAAACUGCACUUAAGUAUAGUGAAUCAAGUUUCUGAAGAGCUCACCCAAAUUAGAGCUACAGAGCACUGGUUUCAUUGGCGGGACUGCGACUGGGGUUUUACAUCGAUGUUUCCACUUGGCAAAAUUCAUGAUAGAUAUGGUGGAUUCCUGGUAAACGGAGAGCUCAAGAUUGUUGCUGAGGUAGAUGUUCUUGAGGUUAUUGGAAAAAUAGAUGUACCAGAUGAAACUGAAGAGGAAACCAAUUCACUGAGCGAGGUAGAGGAAGAUGAUGGUGCGGAGUGUAGUGAUUUUCUUGAGCUUUCAGCAAGUGAAAGCACAGACUUCAAUGGCUUUCAAGUUCUUCAUUCACAGGUGGAAUCCGUGAGUCUUAUAUUUGAAAGACACCCUGACAUUGCAUCACAGUUCCGUCCAAAGAAUCACCAUCUAAGGACAGCUUACAUCAACGUCCUCCUCAGCCUAAUCAAGACGCUGUGCCAAUCGACUCAGGAGCUCUCCAAGGAUGAUCUGAAUGACGCAUAUGCUUCUCUUGCGUACUUGACAGACGCAGGGAUGAAUUUAGAUUGGUUAGAAGAGAAAUUGGAAGAAAUGUCAGAAAAGAAGGAGAAACAGGAAGCUGGCGAGAAAAGGAUGAAAGAGAUAGAGGAAGAGUUGAAGGAUUUGAAGCUGAAGUUCUCAAACCUGGAAGCUGAGCUGGAGAAGGAGAAAGCAGAUGUGUCUGUGGCCAGAGCUCCCUUAUCAUUCGAUGAUAUUGUUUGAUGUGGCUACGAUUGUGUUCUAAGUCGAUUGGAUUUUUAGUUCUGUUUGGUUUUCUAGUCUCUGCUCGUCCUGUCUUGGUUUCAAUUUGGUAGUCGUAUUCAAACUCGGGAAGAUAAGUGAUGGAUUGGAAACAUCCGCAUCUUGUAAAUAAGUUUUUUGUGGUUGAUGACUCGUUAGGUUACUUUAAUGCACCUAUGUUUCUUGAUCAAUUAGUAUGGCAC